UAUAUAUAACGCGACAUACCUGUGAUUCAAAACGAGGCUUGACUUUUACUAUCGGUGUCUUAUUUGGUUAUGUCAAAAUAGUUUUAAAACUUUAAUGGACAUAUUAAAACAGCUAUAAUCUUCUAGUUACAAAAUUACGAGUGUUAUUUUUGCUUUAAUACAAGUGUGUAUGUGAAUGUGUAUUUUAUGAGUAUUCCGUUAGGAAAAGUUGGAAGUAUUUUUCUGGAAGUGUAACAGAUCGGAAAUUAGUGUUGUGUAGUUUCUAGUGAACAUUAGAAACGAAUUGAUUAAAAGUUAAGACACAAUUCAUUGAAAGUUGAGGUGUUGUCAGUUAUUGUGAGGAAAUUUCAGCACUGAUAAGAAGAAUAAUUUGGUUUGUUUGUGACAAUAUCUGCUAAGAAUUUCUCUGAUAUAAAGUUUGAGUGGAUAAGCAUGCAUUAAUUUAUAAAAGUUUGUUAAUAUAUUAUGGCUGGACUUAUGGAGGAAAAAGAAUUCGAAAGUAAAAGAGAAAAACGGAAGGCACCAAAACCUCCGCCCAAACCUAAACGUGGGAGGAAAUAUAGCCGAGAUGGCUCCCUUACAACGCCAUUAAAUAAACGCCAUCUAGAUGACUACCCACGAUAUCCUGCCAAGCAUGUGCGCUCUCUGUCAAUACGUAGUCAACCGGAAGAACCAUGUUUCUCGUGCCUUAGAACAGCUGUGCAUUGUUAUAACAUAGUUAUCUUGAUACUUGGGUUAGGAGUUCUUGGGGUUGGAAUAUGGCUGCUAGUAACAGAGUACAGCGCUCGGGAGGUAACGGUGCUUGUAGGUUCGAACCUUUUCGAGAUAGGUACAUACCUGAUGAUUGCUGGUGGGGGAACCAUAGCCUUGCUGGCAUUCUGCGGCUGUUGUGGCACAAUGCGGGAAGAUAAAUGUGUUUUGGCCUUUUACGGCGUAACACUGACUUUAGUCCUUCUUGCCCUUGUAUCCGGUAGUGCACUAGCUUUUAUAUUUAGAAAUGAACUUACAGGGCAAGUAAAAGAUAAUAUUGUGAAUACAUUGUCAAAAGGAUAUGGUAUAGAUUUAAGAAAAAAUAGCCAAAAUCGUUUGAUAACUGAUGCCUGGGACUCCUUGCAAAGAAGUUUACAAUGUUGUGGAGCCUAUGGUGAUAUAAAUUCCUCACAUUCCUGGUCAUUCUACAGACAGCAUUCAGACUGGUACCUACUAACAAACAACAGGUCGCCGUAUGUACCGGAUUCGUGCUGUUCAGGGGACAAACAAAUCUGUACUGGAGUGCAGACGAUAAAUGGUCCACCAUCUAAAGGUCCGCCAGUUUAUUCUUCAUAUGCGAAAAAUGAGCAUUUAUAUACAGAAGGUUGUUAUGAAAAGGUCAUGGUGCAUCUGGAGAGAAAUGCGUUAAUUCUUGGUGGUGUCGCAGCGUUCGUUCCUUUACUUCUGAUAAUAGGAAUAGUGAUAGUGUUUUGUAUGUGUGCGCGCGUGCGUAAGGACGAAAUCUAUGACGAGGAUGACGUAUAGCAUUCAGUUAACCAAUGAGAUCUUUCCGUCCUCUGUGAUAACUCUUAAAACACAUGUGACCAACUGCUAGCACAGUUUGCAAAUAAUUAGUCGCAUAUCAUUAACAAAAAAACUAGUGUGGAAAUCAUAGGAGGAACACGUGCGCGAUUGACAAACGCGCUACUGGAUAUAGUUCUUGUUUAUAAACAAACUUAUGUGUUUUUAUGGAAUUUACAGAAAUCUAUGAAUUUGUGUUGUCACAAUACUAUGUGUGCGUGACCUCACUCUGAUGCAUUCCAGUUACUGACCAGUAUGACGCCAUUAUCUACUACGUGACGUCAGUGCUUUACACGGUAAGAUUAUGUUGACGUGAUAUAAAAAGACGUUCGCGCUUUAUAUUAUGUCAAGACGUGAAGCCAUUUGUGUAUCAAGUGGUUUGUAUAUAAGCAAAUCUGAAAAAUAACGCCUUGUGGAAUAAAUGAUGCAAAAACUUUGCUCACAACCAAAUAAAUCAGUCUGCAGACAAGAAAGUAUACAGUGCACAAGUUGUUUUUUUUAUCGUGCUUUUUUCACAGAACAAUAGAAUCACGUGAGGAUAUGUAGACAUUGUCUCUGCAUUUUUGAAGAGACUUAAAGUACAUUUCAUUCACUCAUUUUUGACGGUGUAUAUUUUAUUUAGCUCAAAGCACUUGGUUUUCAUUCAUGACGUCAUAUAUCCGUGUGUGUUGUGUUAUACAGAACGCAUGCUUUGCUGUUCCUUACUUUGUGAAUAGGUAGAUAGAAACACUUUGUUUAGUGUGCUUACCAAAAAAACUUGAUUUCUGAAGGGAACUUUAUUACUAUGACCCUUGGAAUAUUGUAUUAUUAAAAAACUUAUAGCCUUAUUUAACCAGUUAUUAAUAUAGGCUAGUUUUACAACUAUGUUAUUUUAUUCCAUUUAUUUUCAAUCUCUUGUUUGCUAUGAAUUUACUUGUAUUUAACCAAGAAAUUGUGUGUGUUUGCCUAAUUGAUUUUGUAUUGUCACACACAAUGUUUGACAUACCAAGUACGUUAUAAAGCAGCAAUUGUGAACAAUUUUAAUUAUUUUACUUUAAUCAUACAAAUCAUUCCUGUAUAUACGUUCAUAGUUAAAAACUUUAAAUCAACAAGCAGUUGUUUUGUAUAGGGUGUGUAAUUGUAUCUUUUUUUAUUUACAGUAUAGCCGAUAAGUUUAUUUUAUUUCUUGUAUAAAUGACUUUGACAGCAUUGUAGUAAGAUAUCAGUAAGAAGCCCUUUAACUAGUUAAACAAAUAUUCUAAAGGAAUGUAUACAGUCGGAUAUAACAAUGGCAAAUAUAGAAUUAUAUUGUUCUGAUAUGGACACUGUUUGCAAUGUAUUAUUUAGUAUUAUUUACUAUUAAAUCACCAUUAACAUUUAAAUUGUUCUGAUAUCUUAUCUAAGAUUAACAGAUAAAAAACGGUUGUGUACCGAUGAAAUAUUUUUGUACAGUUAUUGUUAAAUACAAAGACAACAUGAUCUGGCCGUUAGGUACUUUUUGAUGAAUAUUCUUCCCAGAUAUAAGAAUUUGCCCCCCCCCCUUAGACGUUUUAAAAUGACUCAAAAUUAUUUAAAAAUUGAUGUUUAAUCCAUAUAUAGGUUGUAAAUAACAAGGCCUGGUAUAUUAGGUAAAUGGUUUUUCGAGAAAUCAUUUCAUGUAAGAAAUAACAUAUACAAACUCGUUCAGGUUGUGAAAAAAGAAAUAUUACCAGUUGUAGACAUUUUAAAUUCUAUAUGAAACUUUCAAAUUAACAAGAACCUGAAUAGUUCAAGACGUUUCUUUAACACUUAAACAAUAAAUCUACAAAUAAAAAUCUACAAAUAAGUUCUACAAUUUUGUCACUGUGAAUCGUAUGUAUACGUUUAUUAUAGCGAGAGAAAAUGAAAAUAUUGUGAUAACACAUUAUAUGGCUGAAGUUAUUCGAUAUUUAUACAUGGUAGUCCAAUAUCCGGAGAAAGUUUUCAGGAACUUGUGUUUUGGAGUAAGUUAACAUACUAAAACAGAAGUAAUAGCUGGAGGAUUUCUCCUAUCAAAGUGCAAAAUGAUAACCCAGGGGGAUCCUUAACACGAGGCAGAUACAAAAUAGAAAAUUGAGAUGGUAAUAUAUUGUGGCAUAACGUUUUCCUUAGAGUAAUUACUAGUGAUUGAAAGAAAGUGUUUAAACCGCUUUUAGUUUAGUCUCGUUUUUCCAUCUCAUAAAAUGUUUUAUGUCUGAAGAUUUUAACGUUCUUACAAGAAAAUUUGUCUUUGUAAUACAUUGCAAAAGCUGGGUGUGUCAUUAGUUAUUGUUUAAAUAUUGCUGCAAUAUAAAUGUUUCACUAUCCCAUUUCAGGGGUCUUAUUUUUGUCAAGAAAGGACUUUCUUAACUCGACGUUCGUAGCGUCUUUGAUACGUGCACAUGUAUAUAUAUAUACAUGUGUGCAUUUAUUUAAUUUUCACUGAAUUAAUGCGUUGUGAAAAUAGUCUUUAACUGUUUUAAUUAAUUGUCUGACUCUAGACUUUAUACCGCUCGUUGCUAUGGUUAUAAAUUUGUUUGUUUGUUUUAUGUUUAAAAUAAUUUUAUUCUAAUUUUGUUUACAACUGUACAAUUAUAUGUCAAUAAAUGUACUUGUAUGUUUUACUUUUCGUUGAUUUUAACUGAAUAAAAUGAACGGAUGUGGUAGAAA